AUGAUGCAGUGUCGAAUGCUCAACCAAGUUCCCCGAGAGCUGAAUCAGUGGAAGAAUAACCUAUCUUACGAGAUUGGGGGGCUAUUCCAAUAUGUGGGGCAUCUACCAAGCCUUGUCGACAUAAUACCCAACGUAGCUGCUAUCCAAGCAUUGAUCAAUUAUUGGGAUCCGGAUGCCUCGGUUUUCCGGUUUGGAAUGUGCGAACUCACCCCAACCCUAGAAGAGUUAGAGGGAUUGUUGCAAGUACCGGAAAAAGGCAGUCCUAUGAUAUACCCAAGUGGGGGAACGAAAGAGCAGUUUUGCAGAUUUUUGGGAUUGAGGAACGACAGCUUAGACCAACACCCCGACGCUAGAUCUUGUCCAUUGAGGUUUUUAUAUGACCGGUUUGGGGAAAAGGAGUCCUAUGAGCGCCAUCAGAUUGAUUUCUUUAUAACAAGGGGGCAGUGGGAAGAGAAGCGUGUGCAAGCUUUUGGUUUGAUUUUGAUCAACUUAUUGCUAUUCCCUCAAAGGCAUGGAAAGGUGACAUUUGUAACAAUCAACAUGAUUCAAAGUCUUUUUCUAGGAAUUCGUGGAACAACACCAACUUUGAUACCCGUUGUCAUAGCAGACAUCUUCUCAGCCCUUACCAAUUGCCAAAGGAAAGGGGGUUUCUUCUACACUUCAAAUUUGGUACUUCAAAUGUGGAUCAUGGAACAUCUGGUGAAGAGAUCACUUAACCCUUUGGGUCCUUGUCUCCCAGUUGAGAAUUGGAUUGAUUCACAUCGAGAGAGAGUCGGCUGCUACUACCGCGUGAUGUCGUCAAGCCAGUUUAUUGAGAAAUUCAACAGUUUGACACCAGAAAAGGUACAGUGGGUUCUAGAUUGCACCAAGGUUAGGGACCCAGCUUUUAGGACCACUCAACAUGAUUUCAUCCCUCUAGCUGGAGUUAAUGGUCUAGUCGCCUAUAUUUCACAAAGGGUUAUGAGACAGUUUGGAUACCCACAAAGCAUUCCUAUGGUACAAGGGGUUGAAGAUUUCAGAUUGAGUACGGUGACCGAGAGUCGAAGCAUGGUAUUAGAGGCUUGGGGAAAUUUGCAAGGUCUUGAGAAUUUGCAGUUGGAAUUGGUAAACAAGGUGGCACCUGCAGUUAUGCCUGGGUACAAUGAAUGGAUCAAGAAAGGGUAG